CACCUUAACCUCCACAAUACAGAGCCGUGAAGUCACAGAGAGAGAGAGAGACACACACACACACAAACGUUUGUCAUCAAUUAAUUUAUUGAUCUCUACAAAUUCUUCAGCUGAGACAAUUCGGAGAAGAAGCUCCAAAAAUGUCGUCGUUAGAACAAGAAAUGUUCUUACAGUGGGGAAACAAGAAGAGAAUGAGACGCCUAAGAGCCUCCGCCAACAAGGACACCAAACACAUCUCGCAACGCCAAUCUAACUCUUCAUCUCACGAGACCUUCCUCUUUCAUUCCUCAAGAUUCUCCAGAGGAUCAGAAGGUGCAAUACUCAGAUCCGGACCACCGCCAGAGAAAGAGAAAGAGGAGAGGUAUUACACUACGAGAGGCGUUGUUGAUACCAACGGAGAAGACAGCAACGGCAAGGGAGAGGAGAGCAUGUGGCCGAAGCUGUUUGUGACGCUGUCGAGCAAAGAGAAGGAAGAAGACUUCAUGGCUAUGAAAGGCUGUAAACCUUCGCAUAGGCCUAAGAAGAGAGCCAAACUCAUCCAAAAAAGCUUACUCUUGGUGAGUCCUGGAACAUGGUUGGCUGAUAUGUGUCCGGAUAGAUACGAUGUUACGGUCAAGAAGAGCUCUAAGAAGAGGAGAGCAAGAGGAUUAAAAGCAAUGGGGAAUAAUAUUGAGAGCGAUUCAGAUUGAGUAGCAUGAAGAUUGUUUAGAAAUCUUUUACGUAUUGACUUAAGCUAACUUUUGCUUUGUUUGUGUUCACUUAAAGCAAUCUCUUAUAAAAGUAGUUUCUCUCAGUUUGAUCAUUUUGAACUACAAGGAAGCAUUGUUUCUUUGUGGGUAAUGUAUGUAUGCGCUUGUUAUUGUUGUAACUUGCACACAAUCUUAUCGUAACUUACUAGUGUUUCAAAUAA